AAACGAUCUAAUGCCGACUGGACCACUAAAGUGCGAGUCUUUCGAAUUACCGGAUCAUACUUCGGUUCGGUUCUGACAACAAUGGUUUAGAGAAAUCAGCAAACAUUGUCAUCCUAGAUCAGGCGGCAGCAGCGGAAGAAGGUUGUGGAAACAGCGAGCGACCGAGUGAAAAUGCUGCCAUUUCAACUCGUACUCUGCUUCUCGAGCUUUUUAGCCAUAGCCGCAGCACCGGCUUCGCAAUUCUCCACCAACGGAUUGCCACUUGUGCGAAAUAUCAGUGAGCUUCCUCAGGAUAAUUAUGGGAGGGCAGGUCUUUCCCAUAUAACUGUUGCUGGUUCUGUCCUGCAUGGGAUGAACGAGGUUGAAGUAUGGCUUCAAACAUUUGCUCCAGGCUCAAGCACUCCCAUACACAGGCACUCAUGUGAAGAGGUGUUUGUUGUUCUUAAAGGAAGUGGCAAACUUUAUAUUGCUUCUAACUCACACCAGAAGCAUCCUGGGCACCCACAGGAGCAUUUGAUCUUUCCUAACAGCACAUUCCAUAUUCCGGUGAAUGAUGCACAUCAGGUCUCGAAUACAAAUGAACACGAGGAUUUGCAAGUGCUUGUCAUAAUAUCUCGUCCGCCAGUGAAAGUGUUCAUAUACGAAGAUUGGUUCAUGCCACAUACUGCAGCAAGGCUGAAGUUCCCCUACUAUUGGGAUGAACUUCCAGCACCGGCAAAAGAUGAGCUCUAGUUCAAAGCAACCCUACUUUGUACAUUCGACCCCCCAUCCCAUACGCCUGGACUAAGUGUUAUCGACUAUAAAACAUUUGGUGUGAUAUGUUAACGAUGAAAGGGGAAUAGUAGAAGCCGUAGAGCUGCAAACCGAGCUCGGGCUCCAAGUUACUUAAUGAGAAACUUGGUGCUUUUUCCCUAUCGAGCCUUGCCAAUUGUUUGCAUUCGCUGAAUUUUGCAGUCCCCUUUCUGUGAAUGUUGCAAUCCAUGAAAUGUAAAAUGAGUGGAAUGUGAGAAAGUUGCGGCACAAAAAAAAAAAGGUUAAAAUGCGCCACUGAUGGAAAUAAAUUUUGGACA